AUGGCGGUGCGUGCAUCUUUUGAGAACAGUAACGAGGUAGGUGUUUUCGCACGUCUCACGAACGCUUACUGCCUGGUUGCCCUGGGUGGAUCAGAGAAUUUCUAUAGCGUGUUCGAGGCAGAACUGUCGAAGCACAUUCCGGUGGUGCAUGCCACAAUCGGAGGAACCAGGAUCUGUGGAAGGGUCACAGUUGGCAAUCGCCAUGGCCUUCUAGUGCCAAGCAUCACGACAGAUCAGGAGUUGGCACAUCUUAGAAAUCAUCUUCCAGAGGGAAUCCGAGUCCAGAAAGUUGAGGAGCGUUUGUCAGCACUCGGAAAUUGCAUCGCGUGCAAUGACUACGUAGCACUUGUGCACACUGAUCUGGAUCGAGAGACCGAAGAAGUGAUUGCAGAUACUCUCAAGGUUGACGUUUUCCGGGCAACCGUUGCGCAGAACGUCCUUGUAGGCAGCUACUGUGUCCUGACCAAUCAGGGCGGCCUUGUACAUGCCCGGACGCCGAUGCAAGACAUGGAGGAGCUCUCCCAACUCAUUCAGGUGCCCUUGACCGCUGGCACAGUGAAUCGCGGGUCUGACAUCAUUGGUGCUGGAGUAGUUGCCAACGAUUGGGCUGCCUUUUGUGGCAUGGACACGACGGCCACAGAGAUUGGGGUACUGGAGAGCAUCUUCAAGCUGCAGAGUGCAGGUGCAGGCAUGCAGAGUGCUCUCAUCGACACCAUUAUGUGA